AUGAUGUCUGGACAAAGCACGCGACCUUUGAGAGCACUCAAUCUCAACGAUAUAGUUGAUGAAUUAGAGCGAUGUGAGGAUGAUGAUUUGUUGCCAACUCAAAUUACAAUUUUUCCACCUGAGAACGCUAAUGCCGACGUCACAGAUGAGGAUUCUGGAGAUGAAGAAUUUGUUGCAUUGCAAAAUCUACCAGGCUCUCAACUGCGAGCUCCAGCCGAGGUCACUUUUCAUAUGAGUUCCGACGAAGAAGAUGAUGUACCUUUGUCAAGUUUGUCAAAAAGAAGACGCACGAUGGAUUUGACUUUAGAAGAUAGUGACGCCGUACCUACUUGUACUUCAGAUGUGUCAACUAAUUCUACAUUUGUUCAGCCUACAGUUCCCCGAAACCAAACCUAUAGAUGGAAGAAUCGUCAUAUUCCAAACCAUUUCAAUCAAUGGAAUGACGAACAAGGUCCAAAAAACUUACAAUCACCCUUACAUUAUUUCGACUGCUUAUUCAACAACAAUGUUAUUGAAUUACUAGUGCGAUAUACCAAUAUGUAUGCAGGACAGAGGAAUAAAGUGGGCAAAGUAACUGUUUAUGAAAUGAAGUGUUUCUUGGGCAUCCUUAUGUACAGCGGGUAUGUAGUAGUACCCCGUAGGUUUAUGUAUUGGGAGACACCGACAGAUGCCGACUUUAGGAUUGUGCACAACGCUAUGUCAAGAGAUCGUUUUACUUUUAUUAUGUCAAAUCUCCUCUGCUGUGAUAAUACAGUUCUUGGUGAUUCUCCUGACAAAUUCGCUAAGUUGAGACCUCUGUUUGACGAGUUAAAUAAAAUCUUUACUGAAAUGGCUCCGCUAGAAGAGAACUACAGCAUAGAUGAGGCUAUGGUUCCAUACUAUGGACGUCAUAGUUGCAAACAGUUUAUACGUGGCAAACCAAUUCGUUGGGGGUAUAAACUGUGGGUUGGUGCUACAAGAUUAGGCUACGUGGCGUACGCUUACCAGGGAAAAUCUUCAACCAUUGCAGAAGGUUACAAACAGUUUGGUCUAGGUAGGAGUGUGAUUUUGGAGUUUGCUGAUGUUCUACAAGGUCGUGAUCCAACAUUGCCAUUUCAUUUAUUCUUCGACAAUUAUUUUUCCUCUAUUCCUCUACUGCAUGAACUUAGUAAUAGAGGUCUGAGAGCCACUGGAACUAUUCAUGAAAACAGAACGUCCAAGUGUCCUCUCGAGUCUAACAAAGAUUUCGAAAAUAUUGAUAGAGGUUCAUUUGUAUUCAAAUCCAGUUUGCCUACCAAUAUUUUGGUUUGCAAGUGGAAUGACAAUAGUGUCGUUACUGUUGCCUCGAAUACUGAAACUGUGGAGCCCCUGCAAAAAGUCUAG